CCCACCAUGGACAAUGAGGAGAAAUUUCAGUACCUAAUUCUAUCGACAAUACCUAAGUCAAGAGCAAGAACUGUCGUGGAGAGUUUUCCACCCACCUUCGAGAAUUAUCCUAAGGCAAUUGAGGCUCUGAAGUCCCGGUUCGGAAGAGAAGAACUCCUUAUUGAAUUAUAUAUAAGAGAUUUGAUAGGAUUACUAACAUCAAACACAAAGUCCCUGUCAAUGUUAUAUGACAAGUUGGAAUGUCAGUUGAGAGCUCUUGAAUCACUGGGAAUCACAUCAGAUAAAUGUUCAGCCAUGUUAUUUCCAUUGGUAGAAUCCUGUCUUCCUGAGGAGCUCUUGCGGAUAUGGCAGCGUUCGUAUUCGGCAGAUACAGCGGCAGCGAAAUCUCAAGACAAAGUGAAGAAACUUAUGGAUUUUAUAAGGAAUGAAGUUGAGAAUGAAGAGAAAGUUUCAAUGGCGAAGUCAGGAGUAGGAUCUGCCAGGGCGAAGGAACAGAAGAAGAUGAUGACGACAGAAAACAACAAAGCAACUCCAUAUACAGCUUCUGAACUCGUGACCACAAAUAACGAAGUUGUUUCUUGUAUUUUUUGCGGACGUUCAGAGCAUAAGAGUUUUGAAUGUUCGAAUUCACAAGGGUCUAUGAAUCCUGCUGAUUUACCUUCCAGAGGAUGCACAGCUAAAAAAUUGUUAGAUUCUGCAUGGUGGGAGGGACCUGAAUGGUUGAGGUAUUCAGCAAGUUAUUGGCCAACAGAUAGUUUCUGCUAUGACGAGGAGUUAGUAGCACGAGAGAAGAAAAAGUUUACCAUUUCUUGCGUUGUUAAUAGCAAUACUGAUGACUGGUAUUAUAAAUAUUUUUCAGUAUUCCACAAAACAGUCUACAUGUUGGGGUGGAUUAGAAGAUUCCUUCAUAAUUGUAGGUACCCUAACGAUAAACAUUGUGGAUUUUUAUCAGUUGAAGAGAUAAAUGAUGCAGAAUUGGUUAUUUUUAGAUUGAUUCAGCAUGAUUCAUUUAGUACUUUGAAUGAUGCUAUAAAGAGUUUGUUUCCUUUUAAGGAUGAAUCGGGUGUUUUGAGAAUAAGAACUAAGUUGGUAAAUCUUGAAGAUAGUUUUGACUUUCGGUAUCCAAUUGUUCUUCCCAAGCAUCCCUUAGUAGUGAGAUUGAUACGCGAAGAACAUGAAAGAGCUUGCCACGUAGGUGUUCAAGGAUUGUUGUGUCGGCUGAGAGAAAAAUAUUGGAUUAUUGGUGGACGUAAAACGGUGAGAUCGGUUAUUUCCAAAUGUGUGAUAUGUAAAAGGUUUAUGAGUAAAAGAUUGGAAACACUACCUAGUGCACUACCUGAAGAUCGUGUUAGGGAUGUUUCGGUUUUUGAGGUGAUCGGAAUUGAUCUAACUGGACCUGUCCAUUUGAGAGACGGCCGGAAAGCUUGGAUUGCUGUUUUCACCUGUGCCGUAUAUCGAGCAAUUCACCUGGAAUUGUUAACAUCUCUUUCGACCGAAAUAUUCAUACAAUCUCUUCGUCGUUUUAUUGCUAGAAGGGGUCGUCCAAAAAUUAUUUAUUCUGACAAUGGGACUAAUUUUGUAGGAGCUUAUAAUAUGUUCAAGAGUUUGGAUUGGUCCAUUGUGACAAAAUUUUGUUCUUUGGAGAGGAUCAUAUGGAAGUUUAAUCCUCCAGCUGCUCCUUGGUGGGGUGGAUUUUGGGAAAGGUUGAUUCGUAUAUUGAAAAAUUUAUUACGUAGAACUCUAGGAAAGGCUUCUUUGAACUUCGAAGAAAUGUUUACAGUAUUGUGUGAUUGUGAAGCAGUAAUUAAUAGUAGACCUAUAACUUUUUUGUCUGAUUCUGUUGACGAUUUAUGUCCUUUGACUCCAGCUAUGUUCAUUCAAGAUAUAAAGGAAAUUGGUGUUAACGAUUGCGAUGUUGUCGAGUGUAGUAAAUUGACCAGACGUGCAAAAUACAGGCAAAAGUUAGGUGAACAACUGAGGAAAAGGUUUCGAAUUGAGUAUCUUGGUCAAUUGAAACAUCGUUUCAAAACACAAUCCGUGAGACAGUUGAAAGUUGGGGAGGUUGUAUUGGUUGGAAAUGAUAAUUCCAAAAGAGGAGAUUGGCCAUUAGCUUGUGUUACGGAAUUAUUUCCUGGUAAGGAUGGUUCGGUAAGAUUGGUACGUUUACGUACAAGUGCAGGAGAAAUUCUUCGGUCAGUUCAAAGAAUUUUUCCAUUAGAAUUAGACUCGUAUGAGGAAGAAACAGAAAUAUCCAAUAUCAAAGAUAAAGAGCAUGAAACUCAGGUAUCAGAAAGAGCAGAUAACAUUUUGAGUCGAAUAUUCAGAACUCGAAAAGGUUGUCAAACAGUCAAAAAAUGUUCGGGUUAACUUUGUCAUUUGUAGUUUUUAAUUGUUCAAACGAAUGUUGCUAUUUCAUGAAAGUUUAUAAAAUAGCAAGGUGGGAGAAUGUUCCGUUUUCUAAUGCAAGAUCGUAGUAUCAAGGGUUCAGUUGCUAUAGAUACAAUAAAAAAAAAGAGGAGAGUACACAAGAUUUUGUCUAGAGCAGUAAAAUUGUAGAGCUUCG